CCUUAAUUAGAUCUUUGAAUGAUACACAGUUAUCGAUUUUUUUAUCAGAUUCGUCAAUGGUGCUUAGAUAAGAUAAUAGGGAAAAACCCAAAUCCAUUACAUAUAUUUAUUACUGGUGGUGCAGGGACAGGAAAAAGCCAUUUAAUAAAAGCUAUACAAUACGAAGCAAUGAGGUUGCUAUCAACAGUGUGUCGUCAUCCUGACAAUACUUGUGUUUUGCUAGCUGCUCCCACGGGAAUUGCUGCCUAUAAUCUUAAUACAACUACAAUCCAUAAUACACUAAGCAUUGGAAAAGAUGUUCGCUUACCAUACACACCUUUGAGUGAAGAAAAGCUCAAUUGUUUGCGUGCUAAAUAUAGUGAUCUGCAAAUUUUGAUAAUUGAUGAAAUAUCCAUGGUUGAUCACAAUCUAUUAGCGUAUAUUCAUGGUAGGCUUAGACAGAUUAAGCAAACUUGUGACUUUUCUCCCUUUGGAAAUGUAAGUAUAAUUGCUGUUGGAGAUUUCUUUCAGUUGCCUCCAGUUAAAGGGAAACCCCUGUAUAAUGAUGACAUACUAGGUAUUAACCUAUGGUCUAGUCUGUUUUCAGUUGUAGAAUUAAAAACAAUAGUUAGGCAAAAAGAUAAUACGUUUGCAGAGUUACUAAAUAGAUUACGAAUUCGCACAAAAAAGACUCCAAUGUUAAACUGUGACAUUGAUUUAUUGAAAAAAUGUGAAACCGGUGAAGUCAGCCCAGCUUUACAUAUAUUUCCCACUAACAAACAAGUAAAUGAGCAUAAUGUGCAGCAACUAUUUAAAACUUGCCCUGAAUAUGUUGAGAUAAAUGCUCAAGAUUUUGCACAUAAUAACAAGACAGGGAAACUUGAAUUGAAAAGUGGUCAUCAUGCCAAAACAUAUAACACUUGUCUAGAAGAAACACUGCUCUUAGGGAAAGGUGCUCGUGUAAUGUUGUGUAAAAAUGUAGAUGUAAUUGAUGGUCUGGUCAAUGGUGUGUGUGGCACAGUAACAAACAUAGUUUUUCUUAACAGUGAACACAAGUUCCCUCAAACAGUGUAUGUCAAAUUUGAUGACAAUCAAGUUGGUGUACAAAGGAGAAAAUGUUAUGCAUAUGCUUCAGCAGCUGAAAUGGGUUCUACAGGUAUAAAACCGGAAGAGGAAAGAGUACAUAGUAAAGGAGGAUUGCGACGACAGUUUCCACUAAAACUUGCUUGGGCUUGUACAGUACAUAAAGUACAAGGAAUUACUGUUGAUAAAGCUGUAGUGUCCCUUAAAAAGAUAUUUGCACCUGGACAGGCAUAUGUGGCUUUAAGUCGUGUUAAAAGUUUGUCUGGUUUGAUUAUUCAAGAUUUUGAGGAGAAGGCCAUAUAUUGUAAAGACAGCAUUAAGGAUGCAAUUCAAAGCAUGCCUAGAUAUUCUGUUAGAAAUAUACCAUGGCUCAAAUUGAAAACGCAAACAUUCAGUGUAUUUUUGAUGAAUGUGCAAAAUUUAAGACACCAUUUAACAGAUUUGGUUUUGCAUACUCAGCAUUUGGAACCUAACUGCAUUGCUGUUACUGAAACAUGGCUACCUGCAGAUAUCUCUUUAGAAACUAUACAUAUCAAUGGGUACAAUUUUCAUAGUCAACCACGAAGUUUAUCUUACAGUAGCAGUAACCCAACAUUAACUGAAUUACAAGCUCAACAACAUGGUGGUGUUGGCAUGUAUACCUCAAACAGUUUGGCAUGUAAUGUUGUCCAGGUACCAAAUGUAAAUUUAGAAUGUUUAGUUUGCAACUACACAGCACACAAUAUACUAAUAGCAGUAAUUUAUCGGCCACCUUCAUAUCCUAUUUUUUUGUUUAAAGGAAAUCUAAACAAAUUGUUUAAUUUUCUAGAACCCCUAAGCAAUACAAUUGCUGUCAUUGGAGAUUUCAAUGAUAAUAUUUUAAGCUCUUCAACAAUCUGCAAGUUUAUAACAAAUAGAGGCUAUGUUCAACAUGUCACACAAACCACAACAGAAAAGGGCACAUUAAUUGAUCAUGUAUAUGUAAAAACAACACAUUAUACCAUAAAAACAACAGUGUUACCAACGUAUUUCAGUGACCAUGAGGGUAUUUUUUGUUCUUUUACAUGUAAUACUGUUAACAGUAAUGAAGAAGCAUCUGGACAAGUGUAGGUCGUAACUGUGGUUGUAACUGUUCAGCU